AUGAGUAUUUUUGCUCGGAUCCCCGCACCCAGCGCAUCUGGAAGAGUCCAGCGACCCAGCGACUCACCCAUUCGCCUUGUGUGGGAAGGGGCCCAUGGUGCUGACUCAGCAAAUCUGAGUCAUUUCCUGGUCAUUGGUAAGAUACCUCGACUCUGCUCCAGGCAGGUCACCGGGCAGCGGAAGCUGAGGGGCGGGACCCGGACCGUGGUCGCCACUGCCACUCCCGUACCCGCCGCUGUCAGCCGCAGUCGCCAUCGGUUCCCGCUCCUCACCAGCUUGGCAAAAAUGUCCAAACCCACAGAGACUGAGCGAUGCAUCGAGUCCCUGAUUGCCGUUUUCCAAAAGUACAGUGGGAAGGAUGGGAACAGCUGCCAACUCUCCAAAACCGAGUUCCUCACCUUCAUGAACACGGAGCUGGCCGCCUUCACGAAGAACCAGAAGGACCCUGGUGUCCUGGACCGCAUGAUGAAGAAGCUGGAUCUCAACAGUGAUGGGCAGCUAGAUUUCCAAGAGUUUCUCAACCUCAUUGGUGGCUUAGCCGUAGCAUGCCAUGAUUCCUUCCUCAUGAGUUCCCAGAAGCGUUUCUAACCUUCCCAUUUCCCUUCCAGCCACCAAGUCAUCACGUCCUCCCCCACCCACACCUGCACUGAGCCCACCACAUCUCAUAUAACACGCAGCCUGUUCCUGCUAGCAGAAAUAAAACAAUGUCAUUUUUUUU